GCAGGUUGCGUUCAGUGCGCAGGCAUCGGAGGCUGUUUCUCACCCCGCCUCGCGCGUUGAAUUUCGAUAGACAGACAAACAAACGUCGUGGGUGAUAGCCCCCAUUCUCCGAUUGUCGGUACGUUUCUGCAGAUGGACUUUGUAUUUCAUUCCGCGUUGUGAAUAUUGUGUAUAGGGUCGUACUGCGCGGAUAGCUUUCGCGUAUCGCGUGAACGAUUGUGGCGAUUUCCGAUGAUGAUGAUGGACAGUACCGGUGUGGAUUCUGCGAGUGAGCAUAGUAGCCACGCUUCUUCGGGUUCGCCAGCGGUCGCAGUUAAACCGUCGCCGUCGCCUCCCAGCAACAAUAAUAUUCCGACUAGUCAUUCUCAUCAGGUGCACAGCCCCAGGCAAGCAUCCCCUUUGGGACCGCCGAUGUCGAUGGCACAUCCCUUAAGUCCUCCGCCAGUUUCGAGCGCAUCUCUGGCUAGGAGUAUGGCUUUGGGGCACCUGCCGCCCCCAGGUUUAGGCUUGCUGAACUCUUUGGGGGUUUUGCAUAGUCCAUUGGACUUGAUGGCCCACCACGCUCCUCCGCGUUCUUAUAAUUCGCCACCGCCGAUAUCAACGUCCGAUCCCACAGCUAACGAGUGCAAAUUAGUGGACUAUCGCGGUCAAAAGGUUGCCGCUUUCAUCAUAGCGGGCGACACGAUGCUCUGCCUUCCGCAGGCUUUCGAGUUGUUCUUGAAACACUUGGUCGGCGGCCUGCACACGGUUUAUACCAAACUGAAAAGGCUCGAUAUCGUUCCCUUGGUCUGCAACGUCGAGCAAGUUCGAAUCCUCCGAGGGUUGGGCGCCAUACAGCCCGGCGUCAACAGAUGCAAACUGCUCUCAUGUAAAGACUUCGACACAUUGUACAAAGACUGUACUACAGCCAGUUCCAGGCCCGGCCGACCCCCGAAGAGGGCGCCAGUGGGACUUAGUCUCGCCGCGUCUCACCUGCAGCAUCAGCAACUUAAGAAACCAAGAAUGGAUAACGGAGACUAUCCCUACGAAAACGGACACAUGGGUGAUAUGUCUCGGCUAGAGAAAUCUCCGCUUCUAGCCAAUGGCUACAACCACCCACCUCACUUAAGUCACAUGCAGUUUAUGCAACUACCACAUCCUGCGGCUGCACACUCGGCGCUACUGUCGCCUGCGAUGCCACACAAUCUUAGCAGGCACGACGGUUCGAUCAUUAAAAAUCAGGGCAUGCCCACCAUGGAGGCUAUUGCAAGGUCCGGCAUUUGGGAAAACUGUCGAGCAGCUUACGAGGACAUCGUGAAACACUUGGAAAGGUUAAGGGAAGAACGUUGCGAUCCCGAUAGACCUUUACCCCUAGAUCAAAAGCCGAGGACGCUUAGUAGUCCAAGGAACGGCUCACCAACUGAUCACAGUCCCGUGCUGAAUCUGUCGAAGAGCGGCGGAGGCAGCGCGGGAUCUCUGGGCGAUAACGAUCAUUCCGGUAGCGAAGCGGAUGGCCCAGACGUGCCUCCUUCCCCCAGGUCGCCAAGGUCGGCCGCCGACGACGACGAAGACGAUAACAUAUCGGACGUCGAGGACGACGAUGACAAGGAUCAAGAUAUGGACGAAGGCGAUUUACCUUUACCUUCAGUGCCCUGCAGCGACCCCCAACAAACCGCCCUAAACUACUCGACGUUGGCAAACGCGGUUGCAAAUGUUAACGGUCCAGUGGCGGACUCUGGCGGCAUCUCGUCAACGGAAACCUUACUGAGAAAUAUACAGGGUCUCUUGAAAGUCGCUGCAGACAACGCUCGCCAGCAAGAGAGACAGAUCAAUUACGAAAAAGCCGAGCUGAAAAUGGACGUACUACGGGAAAGAGACGAAAAGGGCAAUUUGGAAAGACAACUGCAACAAGAACAAAAAAUUCGGAGCAUCCUUCAAAAAAGACUAAGAAGGGAGAAAAGAACACGAAAAAAAUUGGAAGAUCAAUUAGAUCUUGAAAUUAAUCGUAGGACACAGUUGGAAGAGGCUUUAAAAUCUAAUGGUGCUGGAGAACAAAUCAAUUUAAUAAACGAAAAACUUGCUCAAAUCGAACACCAACAACUUCAUCAGCAAAAGCUUUCUUCCUCGUUGACUCAGCACCAACCUCAGUCGACAUCAUCGCAAUCUCAGACUCCUUCUAUGAGUAGAUUGAUUCCACCCACGUCUCAGCAACAAGACAUGAUGCCGGAGCGUCAAGAGAGAAUUAAACAGGAGAUCGAAGAACCUCCACAGCAGUUUAUGCCUUCCAGAGACAUGCGAGAGCAACCUCCACCCCAGCCUCCAGAGAAUAAACCGUGGGGUUACAGUGGCAUCGAUAUCAUGAAUACUGGGGCUGCCUUCUGGCAAAACUAUUCCGAAUCAUUAGCGCAAGAACUGGAGAUGGAGCGCAAAUCUAGGCAGCAGCAUGCCGAGAGGGAGGUGAAGUCACCCCUUCAAGACCGCACGGGUUACUAUAAAAAUCCUGUGAUGUUUACGAGUAGCGCAACCUAAUCCUUUACUGCAUGUAAAUAGAGCAAAAAGGAAAUCAACAUUCCCAAUUUACGAAUGUUACGAUCAAUAAUGUGAAAAAUGUAAUUAGUUGCUAAGGCUUCAUUAUCUGGUAUAAAUCAAGCAAGUGCAUUGCCAGCGGUAAAAUAAAAAGAAAACAAUGGAUUCUUUGGAUGAUACUGUUAAGUCUGCUCGAAUUGAAGUUGAAGUUGUUUGCUUUUGGACUCUAACGCGGUGAAAUUUCCUAAAUUUGUUAUACAUUUAGUAUACAUUCUAGUAAUCGUGUAAUCUGUAAAUAGUUACUACACAAUGUAUAAGUUAUGUUUACUAAGACUGAUUUUUGGGCAUAAUAGAUAAUUUACUAUUUCCGAAAUUAUUACUUAAGUAGUGAAUUAUAAAAAUAUUAAAUUAUUCGAUUAACUUGUUAACAAACAGGCGUUGAGCGAAUGUCUGCUGCAAAUGUUUACGUCUUUAACUGUCUUUGCGUUUGUUUAUAUGCUAUUAAUUUGACUGUGCUUAAAAAGAAAUCUUUGAUCAUUUUUUUAGUCGGUUAGAAAUUUGCUGUUACCGGAAGCAAAAUCGUUCAGAAAAGGAAACAAAAAUUAUCUACGCGAAAUUGAAAAUGUCAGUGUAUGACGCCGACGCCUGCAUCAUUUUGACAAUCAACGUAGUAAUGGAGGAGUUAACCGUAGAUUUUACAUUACAUUUAGGUACAUACGUACUUAUAAUAAUGUUAAUCAAAAUCCUAAUACAGCGUUUUGGAUUACAUUAGUUCUGUACAGUUGAACACAAUUGCAAAUGCCCAAUUUUGCUUAGUUUAGGUUAUUUUCACUAUAAUUCUACAAAAUUUACAAAUUGUUUUUUGACUAAAAAGUAUGCUCGUUUUCUAUAGUUUCUGAUAAACAAUGAAUUUUGAACAUAAGUUUUUGUAAAAUUAAUAUUAAAUAGAAUUUUAUUACUUUUUGGAACAACAUCAAAACCAAGGUUCCCAUAAAAAAUAACCUAAUUAUCUAUAUGGUUAACGCCUCCUUUUUAGUAGCAUUGCAUACAGACAUAUUUAGUAUUUUAUUCAAUAUUGAAUAUAUCAACGGGAAGAUACCGUCAUUUCGUGCAAUAGAAACAGUUAUGGACAUUUUUGAUAACCCUCGUAUGCACAAAUUUACAGUAUACAUACUAAUAUAUAAUACACAUACGCCUAGUAGAAUUAUUUCAGUUUCCAAAAUAGACGUAGUUAGUCGGAUGUUCGCAAAAGUAAAUGUUAGGUUAUUUUUAAG